AUGCAGUCAACACCAAACACCGCUAAUCCACCUCUUGAUGAAAGAGCUCAACCUGAUCACCAAAAUAAACGUAGACGUGGAGCAUCAAACAACGAUAAUCAAUCUAAUUUAUCAAAAGCUUUUCGUGAACGAUCGGAUGCUAUAAAAUCAGCAGCAUCAGGGAUGUCAUCAGCUUUAACAUCUGACGAUGCUACUAAGUUACUUUCUGAAGAUGAAGUUGCUCGGAGAUGGCUUAUAGGAAUUCCUGAAAACAAGUCCGCGCUUCUUUAUUUGGAGCAAAUGAUUGGCCGUAAACAUGACGAAUAA